CAAGUAGUGCAGGAAAGAGCUUGCAGAGACACGGAUACAAACUUCUACCUAAAUUGAAACAGUAGGACAGCCUCAGGCUUAUGCUUCUGCUCUUCUCAAAGCAUGCAUUCCGACAAUGAAAAAACAAGUCCCUUCUUAUUAGGGUGAAGGGUAUACGUAUCACGACAUCUUACCUGUCAGUGGAGAGUUCUUAUUCCAUAGCAACCAAUAAACAAGUGUGAAACAUGAGGACAAAUCCUGCCAUUCAAGCUGCCAUUGACCUCACAGCAGGUGCUGCAGGUGGGACUGCAUGUGUGCUAACUGGCCAGCCCUUUGAUACUGCGAAGGUGAAGAUGCAGACAUUUCCCAGCAUGUAUAAAGGACUCCUUGAAUGUAUUGUGAAGACAUAUAAACAAGUUGGAUUGCGAGGCUUCUACAAAGGGACCACCCCAGCACUUGUAGCCAACAUAGCAGAAAACUCAGUCCUAUUCAUGUGCUAUGGCUUUUGCCAGCAGAUUGUGAGGGGCAUUGUUGGAUUAGACAGGAAGGCAAAACUGAGUGAUCUGCAGAAUGCAGCUUCAGGCUCUUUUGCUUCUGCAUUUGCUGCCCUGGUCCUAUGUCCCACAGAGCUGGUGAAGUGUCGGUUGCAGACCAUGCAUGAAAUGCAGUUAUCUGGAAAGAUAGCACAAGGACACAAUACAGUUUGGUCAGUAAUGAAAAGUGUUAUUCAAAAGGAUGGCCCACUCGGGUUUUACCAUGGUCUGUCAAGCACUUUACUUCGGGAAGUCCCAGGUUAUUUCUUCUUCUUUGGAGGCUAUGAACUGAGUCGGACAUUUUUUGCAGCGGAGAGACCAAAAGAUCAACUAGGCCCUAUUCCUUUGAUGGUGAGUGGUGGUUUUGGAGGCAUCUGCUUGUGGAUUGCUGUUUAUCCUGUGGACUGUGUCAAAUCUAGAAUUCAGGUUCUUUCCAUGUCUGGAAAACAGGCAGGUUUCAUGGGAACAUUUGCAAAUAUUUUGCGAAAUGAAGGAGUAUUUGCUUUGUAUUCUGGACUAAAGCCUACUUUAAUUCGUGCAUUCCCAGCCAAUGGUGCACUAUUCCUUGCCUAUGAGUACAGCCGCAAGAUGAUGAUGGAACAGGUUGAUACAUACUGAAAUCUUCCAGCAGCAGGUUUAGGUUAACCUUUUUAAAAAGAACUGUAGGGCAUGAAUGGAUACAAAACCAAUAGGGUGACAUCAUCAUUUGAGAAACUCAGUCAAUUUAGGAUUUUAAAAAAAUCUUUUUAAAGUAAAUGGAUUUUGUAGACCUUGUGUUUUUACAGGUUUUUUUUUUUAAGGGAGGAUGGAGACGUGUUAACGUUCUUUCCACCUAUUGUGCUGCUCAAAAGAUUUAAUUAUUAUAAUUUGUCCUCAUGGAAGCGGUACUCAGUGUAAAGGGCAGUGAUCUUUCAGUUAAGAGAGUUAAUCUCAAAUUUCAAAAAUCUAGUUCUGUAACAGCAAUGGUACAAGAAGCCUGAAUUUCUUUUUUUCAUUGUUAGCAAACACAACUGACUCAAGGCCACACGGCACUGGUGCAUUAGUAAAAGUAGUGCUACUCUUUUCAUUAUCAAUUUUAGGGCUUGUCUACACAGGGAGUUACUCUUGAAUAGUUUCAUCUGUGGAUACUCUUAUUCUGGAAUAAAUCUCAUUCCAAAUUAUUUUAAUCCACUUUAGACAGCCCAUCAAGAAUUGUUAGGCUGCUCUAAAUUCACACCGUACAUUAUUCUGGAUUCACUUUCAUGUGUAGGUGAGCCCUUAGUGUGAGUAUUCAAUGAAAAUAGUAAGUUGCUUACAUUUUACAGUCGUUUCACCUCUUUGUAAGAGACUGUUAAAGUACUUGAAGAAACAGGAGUCUAAUACACAAGGAAAGGUAGAAGAGGGAGGUUUAGUUUCCUGAAGUAUUUAAGCAAUGCAUGGCUAAUACUUACACUAUUUUAGUAGUGUUAAAACUGUACAAAUUCAUUAACUCUGCCAUCAAUAGUGUCACCAGUAAUGUGAAAACAUUAAAGUAACUGGAGCAGAAUGGGUCUUGCAAGCCUAAUACCUCAUUUCUCUCUUUACCACCCCCCUUCCUUUUCUGUUUUAACUGAUGUCUCUAAGUAGCCUCCUUCUAUAGGUUUGCAAGCAAGGUAUGUCCAGUACUAGCUACCACCUUUGACACUUUUAGAAAAGGGUCUACUUGUAGAUGUCUAAUACAGUGGUUCUCAAUCAGGGGUACAUGUACCCCCUGGAAGACCUCUGCGUAUCCCCAGGGGUAAUCAGCUCAUUUAGAUAUUUGCCUAGUUUUACAACAGGCUACAUAAAAAGCACUAGUGACAUCAGUACAAGCUAAAAUUUCAUACAAUGACUUGUUUAUACUACUCUAUAUACUAUACACUGAAAUGGAAGUGCAAUAUUUAUAUUACAAUUGAUUUUUUUUAUAUUGUAUGGUAAAAAGGGGAAAAGUCAGCAAUUUUUCAGUAAGAGUGAUUUUCGUAUUUUUAUGUCUGAUUUUGUAAGCAAGUAGUUUUAAGUAAGGUGAAACUUCGGGGUACACAAGACAAAUCAGACUCCUGCAAGGGGCACAGUAGUCUGGAAAGGUUGAGAGCCACUGGUCUAAUAUACACGUCACAGUAUGUAGGCCCAACAAGUUGCCAGCAGGGUGGUGUCUUACUACUACUCAUCUUAGACAAGGGAAUGUCGAGAGAACCCAAAUGCCUACAGUAAUACCAACUACCCCUUGAUCCCUUCCAUAUGUCCAUGGGGCCUGGGUUGCACCCUGUCACCUCAAUAUCAAUUGUUGCUACUACUCAUAUUGCUUGAACCAAGUAAGAAGAAAGUUCAGGUAUUGUGCAAUGACCAAGAAUAAUCAGUGCAAUCCCUACCCAUUGGUCUCUUUCUUGGUCAUCUGACAAAAUAAUCUAGGUUAAAGGCUGCUUUCAGUGGUCACAUCCCUGUGUUGAAAGGGCAGGAAGCCAGAAAAGAGUAGAAGGCCAGCAUAAAUUUUAAUUGGUAGAUGGAUUUAAAAAACCCCCACCCUUGUCCGUCAGGGUGUAGAAACUAGUAGGAAGAAGACCAAAACUGUGGGAGGAUAUAGUUUGGGACAGGGGUGGGCAAACUUUUUGGCCUGAGCGCCACAUCUGCGUGGGGAAAUUGUAUGCAGGGCCAUGAAUGUAGGGCUGGAGCUGGGGUGCGGGAGAGGUGCAGUGAGCAGGAAGGGGCUCAAGGCAGGGGGUUAAGGUGCAGGAAGGGGUUCAGGGCAGGGGUUUGGGGGUUCAGGAGGGGUUUGGUCUCCAGCUCCACUUACCUCAAGUGGCUCCAGGGUGGCAGUGGUGCGCAGCGGGGCUAAGGCAGGCUCUCUGCCUGCCCUGGCCCUGUGCCGCUGCCAGAAGGGGCCAGCGUGGCUGGCAGUGGCUCUUGGGGGGAGGGGGGGGCAGGUGGCCCUGCCAUGCACUGCCCUUGCCUGUGGGUACUAUCCCUGAAGCUCCCAUUGGCUGCGGUUCCCAGCCAAUAGGAGCUGUGGGGGGUGGUACCUGCAGGCGAGGGCAGUGCACUGAACCCUCUUCCCCCACUUCCCAGGCGCCUCAGUGGAGGACACGUACCAAACUGGUGCCUGCUCCAUACUUGGAUCACAAUGAUGGUUGGAGGAAUGGCAAUACUUUAGCCACCAUAAUCCAAAAGGAACAAGAUUUGGGGCCAGAUGCAGUGGGUUAGGAAAGGAAGUAGAUACCCUUAAAUAUUUGCUACCAUUGUGGAGGUCAGAGAUUCUUUGAGGCUAUGGCCUUAAAAUAGCUGCCAGUCAGCUUUUGUGUUUACCAAAGGAGAAUGCCUUACGCCACCUUGUCAUUGGAGCCUUUUACAAAUGCUCAUGGACACUCACAUUUUGGCUAGAGUGAGGGUAGCUAUAGCCCCGGCAUGGGCAAGCUAUGGCCCAUGGGCCGGAUCCAGCCCACAAACCGUUUUAAGCUGGGCCUGCAAGCCGCACCAUGUGGCUCGGCCCCGCUCUGGAGCUCUGCCUGAGGUGCUGGGUUGGGGGCUGCACCAGCAGCUUGGCCCCAUUCCAGCCGGGGCGCUGGGUUGGGGGGGCUGGACCAUGUAACUCAGCCCUGCUCUGGGCCGGGGGGGCUGCACCAUGCAGCUUGGCCCCACUCCAGCUGGGGUGGGGGGACCACACCAUGUGGCUCCUGGAAGCUAUGGCAUGGCCCUGCUCCAGCUUCUACACACUCCAAUAAGAGCUGCAGGGGAGUCGCUUGAGGUAAGCGCUGCUCGGAGCCUGCACCCCCUGAGAGUCUCCCCUCACCCCUGCCCUGAUUCCCCUCCCACUCUCCAAACCCCUUGAUCCAAGCCCAGAGCACCCUCCUGCACCUCAACCUCUCAGCCCCAGCCCAUAGCCUGCUAUAGCCUAGCUUGGUGAUAGUGCUGCUUCUUGAGGGGGCGGGAGGAUGAGUGUUUGUUUACCUUCCUCUUUUCUGGUCCCAGUCACAUUUUGGGCAAGUCUUCCCUUUGCACCCUCUCACAGAAAAGAGCACCAUGGGAAGUAAACUGAAGCUGCUUUUUUUUUUUUAAAUACUGUUCUGCUCUGCUGUAACAUAAGAUAGUUCAGUGCUACUUGGAGUCACUUUUGUUAAUCUCUUGCAUAGUGUAUAUAUAGGAAUAAUGUCAAACCAUAAAAAUGGAAUACAAGUUAAAAGAUUUGACAAUUACCUUGUACAUUUUAAUUUGAAUAAAUAGUAAUAGCACUGAAAGUCAGGUGCUGAAAGCUGGUUGGUAGAGUAUAGGUUAAUUGUAUAGCAGGUGGAAAGUGAAAAUAGGAUUUAAUUCAGUCAGUAAUAAUUGUCCUGUGUUUUGUAGUAUUGCCCUUUUU